UUGAGCCAAAGGCCCAUGUUCGGGCCCACGCUAUCCAGCACGAGUCCGAGUCCACUUGCGGGCCCGGGCGCCGCCUCCGCUUCUUCGUCUUCCUCUUUCUUCUGGUUUCGGCUAGUCUUCAACGAAGACCCAACCGAGGCGCCCUGGCCGUGGCUGAGAACUGAAGCCACCGGACGCGCGGCCUCCAUCUCCCCUGCUGCUGCCGAAAUCCACGGGAGAAUGACGAUGGCCGAGGCCGAGGCUGGUAGGGCGGCGAUCCGGCGCGCCCUGCGGUCGCUGAAACGGAGGCACCUCGCCGAGGAAGGGGCGCACAGCCCGGCCAUCGAGGCGCUAACCCGUCCCUUCGCCGCUCACGCUUUGGAGUGGAAAGAGAAGGCUGAGAAGCAUGAGGUGGAGCUGCAGCACUGCUACAAGGCACAAUCCCGGCUCUCUGAGCAGCUUGUAACCGAGAUAGAAGAAGGUAAAGCAUCAAAAGCACUGCUCAAAGAGAAAGAAGCGAUGGUUACAAGUUUGCAGGCUGAACUUGAGAAGUCAAGCGAAGAGAAUGUACAACUGAAGCAGUCACUUGACGAAAAAACAAAAGCCUUAGAUCUUCUCAUUCAAGAGCAUCAGACAGUGAAAGCCGAACAUGAACAAGCAUUGACGAAACUAAAAGCUGCAGAGGAUGAGAACCAAAGUCUGAUCGAUCGAUGGAUGCUAGAGAAGAUGAAGGACGCAGAGAAGCUCAACGAGGCCAAUGCAAUGUAUGAGGAGAUGGUUCUAAAGCUAAAGACAGCUGGAGUUGGUGGUAUACAACUUAACGCACAGCAAGAAGCUGAUGGCAUCAUACGGCGUUCUGAAGCUGGUUACAUGGAAACAUCAAUCCCAUCAACAUGCACAGUAACUAUUCGUGCUCAUGAUGGUGGGUGUGGAUCUUUGAUGUUUGAGCAUAACUCAGACAAGCUAAUUAGUGGGGGCCAGGAUCAAACUCUUAAGAUAUGGAGUGCAUCUACUGGUGCCUUGACCUCCACCCUACAUGGUUGCUUGGGGUCUGUUAAUGAUCUUGCCGUGACCAAUGAUAACAAGUUUGUGGUCGCUGCCUGUAGCUCCAAUAAGCUGUUUGUGUGGGAAGUUAAUGGGGGACGUCCUCGUCACACUCUGACUGGUCACACAAAAAAUGUUUCAUCUGUUGAUGCAAGCUGGGUGAAGAGCUUUGUUGUUGCUAGUUCAUCCAAUGAUCGUACUAUCAAGACUUGGGAUCUACAGACAGGUUUCUGCAAAAGCACCAUAAUGUCUGCAAGCAACCCCAACUCACUAGCUUUCAUUGAUGGUGACAUCAUUUGUUCGGGCCAUAGGGAUGGAAAUCUUCGGCUAUGGGAUGUCCGUAGUGGGAAAUGCACUACACAGAUAGCUGCUCAUCUAGAUGUCACCUCGGUCUGCGUGUCACGGAGCAAAAAUUUUAUUCUUACAAGUGGGAGAGAUAAUGUGCACAACCUUUUUGAUGUUAGAACAUUGGAGAUUUGUGGAACAUUCAGGGCCAUGGGUAACAAAGUGGUGGGCAGCUGGAGCAAACCUUGUAUUAGCCCUGAUGAAAAUUGCAUCGCUGCUGGUUCUUCUGAUGGAUCUGUUUACAUAUGGUCGAGACUGAAGAAUGGAACACCAACCAUCCUAGAGGGUCAUUCUUCACCUGUUCUCGCAAGUGCAUGGUGCGGACUAGGACCUCUUGCUACCUCGGACAGGAAUCAUAUUUAUCUCUGGUCUUGAGAGAUGUACAAUUUUAUAAAGGCAUCCCAUCCAAGAUCUGGACACUGGAGGGUUUCACUUCAUCAGUAUGCUAAUAUGUGCUCUCUUUAAUUCUUGAUGACACUAGUUUUCAUGUGAAUGGAUUAACUGGUUUCUGAACGUUGUAAAUACCAGAAGUGAUUGUUCAUCAUACUGAUGACUGCUUCAGUUCGCCGCCUGUGUAAUGGUUUGCGAGGUUUUGAUGGCUGAAAUUUCUUGAUAUUUGUGGUUCAGUUUGGUGCUACUUUAAGGCUGAACUUUUGAAACACCAGUCAGCUUGGCAAACAUCGUCCAGCAUUAAGGAAAAUGACAUUGACAUAGGAAUAGUUUCUCCAUAGCACUUCUAAUUUGAAUGUGUUUGUUAAUUUUGCUCCAAUUAAUUUAUUCAGUUAAGAAAUUCUGGGCUAACUUCUGUGGCAUUCUGAGUGUAACCUGACAGUAGUUCCUAUCUGUAAAGUUACGUCAGGGUGCUAAUGGCAUAUCUGCUGAAAA